GAAAAAGGACGAUGAGAAGACAGAGAAGGGACAGCUCUGACUUGUCAGCUGUCCCAAACAUAUAAAAUCCACAACUUUGAAUUAUUCCUUCUCUCGGAAACGUUUCGAUUCUUCUUUCCCCAAAUUCUGUUCUCCAACUUCCUAACUGAUAAUUUACGGAAAACAUAAACUAGAUCAGUUCUUAUUUUUCUGGGUAGAUACUUUCCAACUGAUUCUUGUACACGAGCAACUCUUUCUAUCUCUCUCUCUCUCUCUCUCUCGCCCCUUUUCUACUCUAAAGUCUCCCUUCGCAUUUCAAUGGCGAAAAAGAGAGAGGAAAGAGAGAUGGGCAUGUUCUUGGAUGGGGUAAUAGAGGCCAUGCCGUUGUUUGCCAAGGAGCUGGUGGCCGGUGGUGUGGCUGGUGGGUUCGCAAAGACAGUCGUUGCACCCCUCGAGCGCGUUAAGAUUUUGUUUCAGACCAGAAGAGCAGAAUUUCACAGCAUAGGGCUGCUUGGAUCGUUUAAAAAAAUUGCUAAGACUGAAGGGCCUAUAGGCUUCUACAGAGGAAAUGGAGCUAGUGUUGCAAGAAUUGUGCCCUAUGCGGCUCUGCAUUACAUGGCCUAUGAACAAUACCGUAGAUGGAUUAUCCUGACCUUUCCUGAUGUGUGGAGGGGUCCUGUACUUGAUCUUGUGGCUGGGUCUUUUGCUGGAGGAACUGCCGUGCUUUUCACUUAUCCUCUUGAUUUAGUUCGGACUAAGCUGGCUUAUCAGGUGGUUGGUUCUACAAAAUUGAAUGUUCAAGGCUUAAUGAAUAAUGAACAAGUUUAUAAGGGAAUUCGUGAUUGUUUCUCAAAAACUUACAAAGAGGCUGGGCUCAGAGGUCUCUACCGUGGUGUAGCUCCUUCCCUCUAUGGAAUCUUCCCAUAUUCUGGUUUGAAGUUUUACUUCUACGAGGAGAUGAAACGCCAUGUCCCUCAGGAGCACAAGAAAAAUAUUAUGGUGAAACUUGUUUGUGGAUCUGUUGCUGGUUUACUGGGUCAGACCUUUACAUACCCUCUUGAUGUUGUCAGGCGGCAAAUGCAGGUUGAAAGACUCUUGGCAUCAAACAGUGCAGAAGUGAAAGGAACAAUGGAAACCCUUGUUAAUAUUGCUCAAAAGCAGGGAUGGAAACAAUUAUUUUCAGGCCUUAGCAUCAAUUAUUUGAAGGUUGUACCAUCUGUGGCAAUCGGCUUCACAGUUUAUGAUGUCAUGAAGGCAUGCCUGAGAGUUCCAUCCAGGGACGAAGCUGUGAUAGAAGUGGUGGCCACCAAAAGAAAUACUCAACCAUCUUCCCUUCAGUCAUAAUAACAUUUUUUCUUUCCAAUUCUUGCUUUGAUGGGAGCUUUGCCUCAGCUUCAGAAUUGUUAUUCUAUGUUGACUCAUUGUCAACAUUAAUUUGUACAUUCUAUUUUUACAAGCUGUGUAAUAGCACCGUACGUAGAUUGCAUUCAUUCUUGCUUCUACAUACACCAUUACAAGUUUUAGUUUUAUAGAUUAAGGUAGCAAAACCAACUGGCUAGAUUACCUCAAUAAGGUCUGCAUAAAGAAGGAUGUCAUAUCUCUGUCUAUGAAGAGAGGACUGGCAGGAUGUACAUAGAGGUGUAAAACCAAUAAAGAAUUUUGUCCACGCCAUUAUGCUAUGGAUGCAUAAUAAAUUCUGUUCUAACAUAUGAGAAAACAAUGUUGAUUUCCAAAUAUUUUUUCAUAGUUUGUUC